AUGCAUCUAACAUCAAAACCAAAGCCCACAGUGUCUCUAGAAAUUGUGUCCUUCUACAUGGGGGACAAAAGAAUCCCAUUAGCAUUCUGCCCUAUAUCACAUAGUAAUGCCUUCAUGACUUUGAGGAGAAGAGAAUCCUAUUGGAUUACCAAACUACAGACACUCCAACCCAAUGGUCUCAAUGAGAAUCUUGACAUGGCAGCUUUUGAGACGCGUAUAAAUGAGCAAGAAGAUGUUGUGCCACUUGGACAAAGACGUGCUUGGUGCUGGUGUAUGUGCUUUGGUUUAGCUUUUAUGCUUGCAGGAAUAGUCCUUGGCAGUGCUUACCUUUACAAAUAUUUUGCUCUUCAGCGUGGUGUUUACUUCAGCGGAAUAAGAUAUGUUGAGGAUGAAUACUCAGUAAGUGAGCCUUUUGGAGAGAACCCUGUUGCUUACCACUCAUUUCAAGAGCGAAUCCAGAUUCUGGAAUAUGAUAAUGUUGCGCUUAUCAAUGUACCUGUUCCUGAAUUUGCAGACAGUGACCCUGCUGACAUUGUUCAUGACUUUCACAGGAAAUUGACUGCAUACCUUGAUCUGAGUUUGAAUAAAUGCUACGUCAUUCCUCUGAAUACUUCCAUUGUUAUGCCACCCAAGAAUUUCUUGGAAUUGCUCAUCAACAUUAAGGCUGGAACAUACCUUCCUCAGUCUUAUUUGAUUCAUGAACAAAUGGUAGUUACUGAUCGCAUUGAGAAUGUUGAUCAGUUGGGAUUCUUUAUCUAUCGCCUGUGUCAUGACAAGAAGACCUACAAACUCCAGCAUAAACCAACCACUAGAGGAAUUCAGAAACGUGAAGCUGAAAACUGCCGCACGAUUCUUCACUUCGAGAAUAAGUUUGCUAUGAAGACUACUAUUUGCAAGCAAUAAAAGGAUAAACAAUCAAAAA